AUUUUGUGGAACAGGCGGAUAAGGUCAGAUGUCUUUUUAUUUUGUGGAACAGGCGGAUAAGGUCAGAUGUCUUUUUAUUUAUUUUAAAGUUUUGAAUCUACUUCAUCGUGUCAUGCAACUUGAGGGGCAAAAGUCAACGGUCAGAUCUAAGCAGCUUUGGGCCGUUGGAUAUAUAGAACUGUGUCGCUGAUUUGUCCGUUCAGGUCGCUUACCUACACAACCUGUCUGUCUGCUGAAACAACAUCGCCUCUAUUAAGCACGCAGGCUGGUCUAAACCGCCGGGGUCCAGGAAAAACGUUUAAACUAUGAUAUAAUUAGUCUGGGUGCUUCUACAUAUUUGAAGGAGACACUAACUGCAUUGCUUGAAUUUCAGAGUCAUUUUCUUGGGAAAUCGGAAAGCGCAUUCAGAAAACAUUUGUCUCUACGACUCUCCGCGGGUCUGGUGCUGAUCUCCUGCAACAACAAAAAAACAUCAGUCCUGGAUGGGUCUCACUCAAGAAGAGGAAACUUAGCGAUUUUAGCACAGACCCGACACCGGACCACGCGUGCUGCAGGACGACCGGGAAUAAUGCAUAGAUGAAACCCCGUUCCAGUAACGCCGUUCUCGCACGGAAAAGGCGUCGCAGAGGGAAUUUGUCUCCGGGCGACAAUGUCGGACAACUUCACCGAUUUCGAAUUCAACAGCACGACGCAGCCGGUGGCAGCUGCCGUGGCUCCAGACUACAACUUUCCAGCUCUUAUAUUCGGGAUAUUGCUAAUCAUUGUGAUUAUCGGUGGAAAUGUGCUUGUGUGUCUUAGUGUUUACAUGGAAAAAGCUUUAAAAACUACAACAAACUAUUUCAUUGUGAGUUUGGCUGUUGCGGACCUACUCUUGGCAGUGCUGGUGCUGCCACUGUUCGUGUUCGCAGAGUUCCAGGGUGGUGUGUGGUCCCUGAACAUGAUGCUGUGUGACGGUCUGAUGUCCAUGGAUGUGAUGCUGUGCACAGCCUCCAUCUUCAACCUCUGUGCCAUCAGCGUCGACAGGUUCAUUGCUGUGUCAAUCCCUCUGAACUACAACAGGAAGCACGUUGACCAGCGUCAGAUCAUCCUGCUGUCAGGCACCUGGCUCAUAGCCCUGGCCGUGGCUUCCCCAGUCAUGUUGGGUAUCAACAACAUCCCACACCGGGACCCCGCCGAGUGUAAACUGGAAGAUGACAACUACGUGGUUUACUCCUCUGUCUGCUCCUUCUUCAUCCCCUGUCCCAUCAUGCUCCUCCUCUACUUCGGCAUGUUCCGGGGCCUGAAGAGGUGGGAGGAGGCGCGCAAGGCCAAGCUGAGGAACAGCAUCCAGGCGUGCAGGAAGCUUCAGCAUGCAGCCGCCGCCGCCGCCAUGCCGACCUCAGGGACCAUCCCCGGGCCACUGCCCAUGCCCCUGCCCAGGAUCAUCGAGAGGGACCUGGCUCAGGCCCGGCUGGGGCUGGAGGAUACCGAUGACUAUCUGCAGCCGGACUGCCCCCCGUUCCCCUCGGCGUACAGGGAGAGGAUCAGCUCCGUGCCGUCUAUCUCCUACCAGCAGAAGCCGCCGCAGAAGAGGAAGCGAGCCAAGAUCAACGGCAGGGAGAGGAAGGCCAUGAGGGUUCUUCCUGUUGUGGUGGGUUGCUUCCUGUUCUGCUGGACCCCGUUCUUCGUCGUCCACACCACCCGGGCCCUGUGUGCUACCUGCUACAUCCCGCAGGCCCUGAUAAGCACCGUCACCUGGCUGGGCUACGUCAACAGCGCCCUCAACCCCAUUAUCUACACGGUCUUCAACACCGAGUUCAGGAAGUUCUUCAAAAAGUCACUCCACUCAUUCAGCUGCUGCUGACGUCAGCCCCGCACCGCAGGGACAAUGGUAGCGCUAACCCGUACGCUCACAGAAGGCGUGUACUACUGCACAGGCAUUUCCAAGGGCCAGGGGUGGGGUCAGUUCAGAAGGUACACAAAAAAAAAUGUCCAAUUAUCUUCAAUGCUUUUCGGUGAGGAGAAUGUGGAAUUGGAAUUUGGUUGACUUUCUUAAUUGUCUGGGGAUGGCCCAGGGCUAAAUCGGUAUGUAUUGCUCUGGGGUGGCCAACCCUCCUCCUGGACAGCUACUUUAGUGAACAGGUUUUUGCUACAACCCUACCCUAAACAGAUUGACCAGCUGAUUCAACAGGGAUGGAGCCAGCACACCCUGUAGAUCUCCAGGAGGAGGUUACAAGUUAAACCUUUAUUUAACUAGGCAAGUCAGUUAAAGAACACAUUCUUAUUUACAAUGGCGGCCUCCCGGGGAUCAGUGUGUUAACUGCUUUGCUCUGGGGCAGAACAACAGAUUUUUACCCUUGUCGGCUUGGGGAUUCGAUCCAGCAACCUUUAGGUUACUGACCCAACGCUCUAACCACUAGACUACCUGCUGGUUACUGACCCAACGCUCUAACCACUAGACUACCUGCUGGUUACUGACCCAACGCUCUAACCACUAGGCUACCUGCUGGUUACUGACCCAACGCUCUAACCACUAGGCUACCUGCUGGUUACUGACCCAACGCUCUCACCACUAGGCUACCUGCUGGUUACUGACCCAACGCUCUAACCACUAGGCUACCUGCUGGUUACUGACCCAACGCUCUAACCACUAGGCUACCUGCUGGUUACUGACCCAACGCUCUAACCACUAGGCUACCUGCUGGUUACUAGUCCAACCUCUAACCACUAGACUACCUGCUGGUUACUGACCCGACGCUCUAACCACUAGGCUACCUGCUGGUUACAGACCCAACGCUCUAACCACUAGACUACCUGCUGGUUACUGACCCGACGCUCUAACCACUAGGCUACCUGCUGGUUACUAGUCCAAAACUCUAACCACUAGGCUACCUGCUGGUUACUGACCCAACGCUCUAACCACUAGGCUACCUGCUGGUUACUGACCCAACGCUCUAACCACUAGGCUACCUGCUGGUUACUGACCCAACACUCUAACCACUAGGCUACCUGCUGGUUACUGACCCAACGCUCUAACCACUAGGCUACCUGCUGGUUACAUACCCAACACUCUAACCACUAGACUACCUGCUGGUUACUAGUCCAACGCUCUAACCACUAGGCUACCUGCUGGUUACUGACCCAACGCUCUAACCACUAGGCUACCUGCUGGUUACUGACCCAACACUCUAACCACUAGGCCACCUGCUGGUUACUGACCCAACACUCUAACCACUAGGCUACCUGCUGGUUACUAGUCCAACACUCUAACCACUAGUCUACCUGCUGGUUACUAGUCCAGCACUCUAACCACUAGGCUACCUGCUGGUUACUGACCCAACGCUCUAACCACUAGGCUACCUGCUGGUUACUGACCCAACACUCUAACCACUAGGCUACCUGCUGGUUACUGACCCAACGCUCUAACCACUAGGCUACCUGCUGGUUCCUGACCCAACGCUCUAACCACUAGGCUACCUGCUGGUUACUGACCCAACACUCUAACCACUAGGCUACCUGCUGGUUACUGACCCAACGCUCUCACCACUAGGCUACCUGCUGGUUACUGACCCGACGCUCUAACCACUAGGCUACCUGCUGGUUACUGACCCAACACUCUCACCACUAGGCUACCUGCUGGUUACUGACCCAACGCUCUAACCACUAGGCUACCUGCUGGUUACAGACCCGACGCUCUAACCACUAGGCUACCUGCUGGUUACUAGUCCAACCUCUAACCACUAGACUACAUGCUGGUUACUGACCCGACGCUCUAACCACUAGGCUACCUGCUGGUUACAGACCCAACGCUCUAACCACUAGACUACCUGCUGGUUACUGACCCGACGCUCUAACCACUAGGCUACCUGCUGGUUACAGACCCAACGCUCUAACCACUAGACUACCUGCUGGUUACUGACCCGACGCUCUAACCACUAGGCUACCUGCUGGUUACUGACCGAACGCUCUCACCACUAGGCUACCUGCUGGUUAAUGACCCGACGCUCUAACCACGACUACCUGCUGGUUACUGACCCGACACUCUAACCACUAAGCUACCUGCUGGUUACUGACCCAACACUCCACCACUAGACUACCUGCUGGUUACUGACCCAACGCUCUAACCACUAGACUACCUGCUGGUUACUGACCCAACGCUCUCACCACUAGACUACCUGCUGGUUACUGACCCAACGCUCUCACCACUAGGCUACCUGCUGGUUAAUGACCCGACACUCUAACCACUAGACUACCUGCUGGUUACUAGUCCAACACUCUAACCACUAGACUACCUGCUGGUUACUAGUCCAACACUCUAACCACUAGGCUAAUUGCUGGUUACUAGUCCAACACUCUAACCACUAGGCUACCUGCUGGUUGCUGACCCAACGCUCUAACCACUAGGCUACCUGCUGGUUGCUGACCCAACACUCUAACGACUAGGCUACCUGCUGGUUGCUGACCCAACGCUCUAACCACUAGACUACCUGCUGGUUGCUGACCCAACGCUCUAACCACUAGACUACCUGCUGGUUACUGACCCAACGCUCUCACCACUAGACUACCUGCUGGUUACUGACCCAACGCUCUAACCACUAGACUACCUGCUGGUUACUGACCCAACGCUCUAACCACUAGACUACCUGCUGGUUACUGACCCAACGCUCUAACCACUAGACUACCUGCUGGUUACUGACCCAACGCUCUAACCACUAGACUACCUGCUGGUUACUGACCCAACGCUCUAACCACUAGACUACCUGCUGGUUACUGACCCAACGCUCUAACCACUAGACUACCUGCUGGUUACUGACCCAACGCUCUCACCACUAGACUACCUGCCCCCUCAACCCCAUAGUCAUGCCACUGAGAUAUGGGUAUAUGAGUGUUUAUCUGGUGGGUGGGCGGAGUUGGGUGGGCGGAGUUGGGUGGGCGGAGUCUGAGACCAUUCCAAUUGUUCUAAAGUAACAUCGCUAUCCAUCCUGGAUACCAUGGCGAUGCUGUCUUUGCAUUGUUUAUUACAGGUGUGGUAUGAGGCUUAAUACUAGCAUUAUAACAGUCUUACGAUGGUGUUAUUACAGCCCUGUGAAGACACCUUUUAAUCGGAAGUUAUUUAGCUGACAGCAUUAUGAAGAACAGAAGCUAAUCAAUGAAUGCAUUCAUACAGUGUGUAUGAUACUGAAGCUUUAGCCUGUAACCUCGUAUACAAAUCCAUUCAAAUGUUGUUUUAUUUUAUUUUUUUGAAGUUUGUUGUAAUGUUGUUUUUGUUUUUGCCAUUUUAACUGAAGCCAAUACUUUGACUGUGUCUGCCUGUAACAGCAGUCUGUUUGUCGGCUCAUUGACAGUGCCUACUGUUUAACAUAUCCACGUUUUAUGUGGAAAGCUUUCCAAUAAAAUUUUAAAAAAUGA